UAGAAAGUGUUUUUGGUGAAAGUGAAGGUGUACGCUCAGGAGUUUGGUGGGUAAAAGGUGAAGAUACAUUGCUAGGAGCAUUUGUAGAGGGUUCAGUAAGUACAUCGGUUGCGACUGAGUUUACAGAUUUAAAAGUGGCCAUUGCGGUCAUUCGACGACGUUCAUCAUUCAUGCGUUUUUCUGCAAGACGAACUUCUUCUUGAUUUUUGCGGCGGUUUCGUUCGUUAACUUUGCUUAGCUGAUCCAAUGUUGAAGUACCAUUGGGGCGAGAGCCCAUGGACAGCUCCUCAAGUGUAUUAAGACGUUCAUCUAACUCUUGGACCAAAUCCAUUUGAUUUGCAGCGAGUGCUGCUUGUCUUUUCAUACGAAGGUUUGUUUUUUCGGCACUGAUGUUGGAAGGAAUGCGAGAAAGUUCGCGUUUAAUUCGCACGACUUCUGAUACUUCAGUAUCAUUCAAGAUGUAACUUGCCAUACGUUGUAGUCCUUCCAGAUGUUUUUUGAAAAAAUCUUUGCGCGGAGGACGAAGAUGAUCUUCCUCCAAUUGAUGUUGCCAGCGGUCAAAAUCAUGCUGUGAGAAGGGUUCAUUCGAUAACACAGAAAUAUCAAAUGCUCGUCGAUAGCGACCAUGUGUGCAUUCUAGCAUUACAUUCGUAAGUGAACCUUCAACUCUAUAAGCCUUCUUUCCUUUGGAAAUUCCUACGGGGUUAGCCACAAAUAACGAAGUUAUAAUUAUGUGUGCAAACCUUUAAUUUGACACAAUCUGUAAACGCUUUCACCAUGGCGUUCUCCAAUUUUCACACGGACGAAGCAACCAACGGUACAUGAUUCAAAUAAUGGAUGGAACAUGUACUUAACGAUAUGUUUCCGUCCCAGCCUGAUAGUAUUCACGUCAUCUAAAGUCACCGCAGAUUGUGUUUCAACUAUCCGUGGGCUAUACCCCUCUGAAUAGGCAUCAGAUUCCUGCUCGCUAUAAGAAGCCUCAUCUUCACUAGUAGAAUAUGCUUUCUCUGUGACCUCUUUUCUAGCUGAUGUGUUGACUUUAUUUGAGCGCUCCUGACGUCUUUUUUUAAGCUCUGUAAGUUUGUCUCGUUUGCCCGCGGUUUCAGAUGUUAGCUUUUCACGAGUCGAUCCUAUAAUGAUUAGGUGUUAGAGUCCGCAAACAAUGUCAAUUUUACUAAAAUCAUACUUCUAGCGGAUGUUUGAGAGUAUUGUUCUUUCUGUUUACGAAGACGAACGGCAAGCUCGCGUCGUUCAUUCAACUUCGCUAUUUCCUCUUCACGUUCGUAAAGAAUACUCUCGCGCUCCACCUCAGUCAUAGCCAUUAACCUAUAUUAACACGUAUUAGAAUGGCAUUAUACAGUAAAUUCUUAGCAUACCUGGCACGGUCUUCUUCAUCUCGAAAUUUGCCUUCCAAUCGGUAAGGAUUUUCAAAAGCUAGUAGCUCCUCUUCAUAAGUGUUUUUUUCAUCAUCUUCUUCAUAACCCUCGUUAUCUGAUGCUUCAAAAUCGUUCAACUCGUUAUUAUGUUCCUCAUCCGAGUCACUAAAACUGUCAUCUCUUUAAGGUAGUUAGAAAUCAAAAACUCCUCAAAAAGGCUUGAUAAAAAUAGUCAUACGAAUUGUCUAAAGCUCUUUUUCUGCUUUUAGAAGAAUUAAGACUGUCAUCCACACCAGCUAAAGCUAGCAGUUCAUCUUGAAAAUCUGCCAUGUUGGUUCGUGACAAACUAAUACCAGCGUUCUCCAAACUUUUGUGGACUCAUUGUUCCUGAGGAAGCGGCUUUAUGACAGUCCAAAGCUGUUUAAUAAAGCAUUCUGAAAAGGCUAAAGUUCAUUUCAUCAAAGAAAAAGAGGAGUAACAGCAACAACUAUAUAAAAUACUGUGUAAAUAUUAAUAUUGCUCCACCUAAGGUAUAGACUUAAGUUAAGAUCUUGAUUGGGUCUUAACUCAUUAAUUACGAUUUUCAAUCGUCUUUGUACUGUUUUGUUAUCUCAGGACCGUACGCUGAAGCUGUAUCAUCAAGCGUUUUUAACCACAUCAGUAAAGGAAGAUUGAGUAAGUAGUUUUUUUUAAUUACUUCGUGCGAUGCAGAAAGUUACAGUUUCUGAAAGUUCUCGUACGUUGAAGACACUUGUUGAACUCUGUUUGGAGGAAGAAUUGUACGAGAAAGCACUUUUCUUGUUAAUUCAUGCGGUUACAACAAAUUAUUCCACAACAUUUCCAGCAUGUUAUGUUCAGUUAUGUGCAACUAUGCUUGUACAUCCUUCUUUUGAUGGAAAUACAAAAGUACUUGAAAGUUGUCGUAUUCUAUUACGACAUUCACUUGCCCUUCCAGCUGACGUUCAAUACUCUGCAUGGUCUCUUACUUACAAGACCGAGGGUUAUCAUGCUGCAAAAGAUACAAGUAUAAAAUUAAUGCAGACGGAAUCUCUUUUUAGACAACCCGUUUCUUUUUGGGAUUUAAUUCGUUAUGUGUCGGCUAUUCCUCCCGACUUUGACAGAUGGAUGUCACUUCUUGAGCACUGGUCGACCGUACUUAAGAUGGAUAAUGAUGACUCAUUUCGAUUAUUAAGUGAGUACGUUGGUACAGAUGAAGAUCAAAUUAAAGACACUUGCUCCGCUGUGUUUUCAAGAUGCACAGAGCGUAAAGACCCGUCAUUUCCUUUCGCUCAUACUAUUCAUCGGACAUCUCCAGAAAAGAAAAAUAUGGUUUUCUUGGAUCAUCCAACGGAACAUCAACUUUCACGAUUGUGGAAACUUAUAUGCUUUGUACUAAAACUUAUAUGGGAUAUGAUUCGUUCGACAUCAAAACCUAUGCCUCCACUCGACUUUUUGCUUCAUUUACAUACUAGUUUCGAAAAGUUAGAUGUCGCUUCACAAACAAAAGUCUACGAAAAUUUGGGACACUGUUCCUUACGUUAUAGCCUUGUGCAAUACGUGAUAAAUGACUCCGUUGUCAAUGCAGUCCCUACUACUCUUAAUUACAAAUUACCCAUUAAAACUUUCAAAACUAUUAUCGAGAAUUGUGGGACGAUUAAGACACGCUGCUCUAAAACAAACUUGAGUAUCGCAUGCAAAUUUUUGUUAUUGGAAUAUUUGCUUGAAUCAAAAAUUACUGGCUCUGUUGCCUCUGAACUUAGUUCCUCCUUAAAAAAAAGCAUAAAAGAGAGGAACAAAGACUCAAACUGGAGGGAAGACGCCAGGGAAUAUGUACAAUCUGAAAAAAACUUAUACAAACUUGCACAAUGUCUCGAUCACAUAGCAAACAUUGCUAAGAAGCGAAGACCUACAGUCACAAUUGCAAGUAUGUUCGCACGGAAAAGAAAUGGAAAAUAAAACAGUUUAUUAAGUAUUCUGAUCUGGAAAAUAAUAACUCUCUCUCAUACCCAAUCAUCAUUCAGCUUAAACUUCUUGAAACCGAACGCAAAGCUCUCGUACAAGCGUACUAUACUUAAUUCCCUUAAAGGGCUUGCUCUCCUUCUGAUUAAGCACCCGGAUAUUGUCAAUUUUCAAUUGAUUUGACGAUGAAAGAGGGAAGGCGUAUUCAAGUACCAAGUGAGUUAAACUACGUUCAUCUCCUUUGUCCCCAUUUGGAAGUAGUAUUUUUGACUCCUGUAAUUCUCCUUUCAAAGUAAUAGCAGGAGAAGCUCUUUCAAGUUUUUUUAUGGACCAAUGCAGUUCUGGAUCCUCUGUUAAUAUGUUUUUGGAGCUGAAAAAGAAGUCUCCCGAAGUGCAUUUAAGGUUUUUGAGUGUGAACUUAGCUGGAAUCCUCACAAGAAUAUUUUCAAUGGACUUGGCUGAACUUGCUCUCAGAGAUAUUUCGAAAGAUGUGUUAUUGAACAGUUUUGCAUCAACCACAACCGGCAGUGCAUUAACACUCUUAAACUCACUUGCAAACGAGCAAAGAGUAAAUUUUCCGUCAGGUGGAAUAAAUUGAAUUUGCUGAUGGUUUUGUUUCCAAUGUUGAAGAUUAACACAGCGGUGAAAGAACGGUGACUGAAGUUUACUUGCGUUUUGAAGAACCAUACUAAGAUCUGGUGUGCCAGAAAGUCUUGAACGACAUUCGACGCGGGUGAGAACUGAUCCCGAUACUGUACGCCUUUUAGCAUCGACUGUUGCCUUCAAAAAGUCAACGACAUGAACGAAAAACUCAUUAGUAGAAUGUUUCACAUCUGCUGCUCUCCAAGGAACCGAAUUGUGUUUCGUAUAAGACUGUAAGACAGACGAGGAUCCCAUUGGUUGUUUCAGAGGUGAAAAGUUGUAUGCCUUUAACCGUGUGGCAUUCAUUAUUUUGUUCAUUAAACUUGGAAGGGGGACAAGUUGUUCUAGAGAACAAGCUUCCAUUUGUGCUGGAUAGCCAUUGUCAAUCAUUUCUAAUAGAAUUUGAAUAAUAGUGCUAGAGUGAGCCUCUAAAAUAGUGGAUUUGAACCCUCCAAAGUACGAUUUCAGUGUUUGAACAAUAUGAUCCAU